CUCUGUGGGGUGGGGGCCCCGGGGGUGGGUGUGCAGCUGUGGGAAGGCGCUGCAGGGGUUAGAGCUCCCGGUGGUGCCGGCGCGGCGCCGGGCGGGAGCCGCGGGAUGCAGCCGGGCCGGGCCACCCACGUGGAGGCGCCGCGGGACCGCCCCUGGCCGCCUCUUGGCCACACCCCCUGCAGGCACCACCCGCGCGAGGCUCCGCCUCUAGGCUGCAAGUGGACCUUACCCUCGUGUGGCCACGCCCCCGCCUUUGGCUCCGCCCCGCGGUCCGUGCGCGCGCCAGGACCCGGAGCCCCCGGGACGGGGACGGGCGCGCGGCGCCACUGUUGGGUGCGCAGGGCCGGGCGGGCACAGCCCCGCGGGACAGACGCCCCUGGGCGGCGGGUGUCCGCGCCGCUGCCGCCCCGGCUCCGGGCUGUGUCCCGCCAGGCCCUGCCGGACGCUCUGAGCCGCCUGCCGCAGUGCCCUCCCUCCUGCCGUCCCGUGGCGGACGCCCUGACCGUCACAGCGGCGCCCGCCCAGCGCAGCCCGUGUCCGUCACCGUGGCCUUGCCCCCUCCACCCCACCCCUGUGCGUCUGUCUUUCCAGCCCAGCUCGUGGCCGCCCCGGCAGCGGCUGUUGACCGCGCGUUCCUCCUCAGCCGGGCCCGCCGCAGCCCGACAUUAACUGGGCCUGGGCUCUGGCUGCUGCUGACUUUGGGGGCUUCACAUGAGGAGGUGGGAGGGGUGACCGGCACUGCCCGGGGACGGGGCUGUGGAUUAACACCGGCCCUUGCUUGGGCUGGGCUAAGAACAUCGAGGUCUGCUCAGGUCUCAGCUCUCCAGAGGCAGCUCCAGGACCAUCCUGCACCGCUGGCACCAUGGCAUCGGGGUGGUUCUGCUGCGUCCUCCUGCUGCUCCUGCCUGCCCCAGCCCACGCUGGGGGGCCUGGCCCCGUCCUCAUCAACCGCCCAUUUGUCACCAUCUGGAACAUCCCCACUGAGAACUGCGCUGAGAAGUACAACGUCACCCUCAACCUAGAGGUCUUUGACGUGUUGGCCAACGACCAGCAGUUCUUCAUUGGGCAGGACAUCACCCUCUUCUACAGCAAGGAGCUGGGGCUUCUCCCCUACUACACAUCUGAGGGGAUGCCAGUGAACGGAGGGCUCCCCCAAAAUGCCAGCUUGGAGGCCCACCUCCACCAGGCCACCUGGGACAUCAAGGUCACGCUGCCCAGCCCUGCCUACAGUGGACUUGCUGUCAUCGACUGGGAGAAGUGGCGCCCGCUGUGGAUCCGCAACUGGGAUUCUAUGGACAUCUAUCGGCAGAAGUCAGAGGAGCUGGUGUGGCAGCAGCACCCGCAGUGGUCCCCUGAGCUGGUGAACAAGACAGCCAAGCAGCAGUUUGAGCAUAGUGCCCGUGCCUUCAUGGAGCACACCCUGCAGCUGGGCAAGACCCUUCGUCCUGAUGGCUACUGGGGUUUCUACGGCUUCCCUGACUGCUACAACUACAACUUUGACAGCCUGCCCUACACCGGGACGUGCCCAAUGGUGGAGCAGCAAAGGAACGCAGAGCUGCAGUGGCUCUGGGAGAGCAGCCGAGCACUCUACCCCAGCAUCUACCUGCCCGCCCGCCUCAACGGCACCAACAAGGUGCUCGCCUACGUCCGGCACCGCGUGGCCGAGGCUUUUGCUGUCUUCAAUGGCAGCAUCCCUGUCCUGCCCUACUCCCAGAUCGCCUUCAACUGCACCGUCAACUUCCUCUCCCAGGAGGACCUGAUGAACACCAUUGGGGAGAGUGCAGCUCAGGGCACCGCUGGCAUUGUUCUCUGGGGCAGCCACAUCUACAGCAGCUCCAAGGAGAUGUGCCUGAGGCUGAAGGACUACGUGGAGGGACCCCUGGGCCACUACAUUGUCAACGUGACGGCCAGUGCCGAGCUGUGCAGCCAGAGCCUGUGUUCUGGCCAGGGCCGCUGCGUGCGCCGGGAAAACAAGCUGGGCUUCCUCCACCUCGACCCCUUCCGCUUUGCCAUCGACCUGCAAGCCGGCAAGCCUUGGCUGGUGGCACAGAGCCUGGAGGCCGUCGAUGACACCAUCCGGCUGGCCGAGGAGUUCAGCUGCCAGUGCUAUAACAAGUGGCAGGGACCUCGCUGCGACACCCAGGGCUUCACCGAGUGAUCCCCUGCCCCGUCCCACUCAGGGGUGAGGGCAGAGUUAACUUUUGAAUGCUCUCUGCGGUAACCAUGAGUAACAACAAUUACUAGACCAGUUCAAUUCGAUCACGAAUUUACUAAAAACGCAGUAGAAUUACAGCAAAGAGUGGCUUGGCAAAAGUUUGUAACUAUAUCAUAAAACUUAACAAGACUUCAACAACAAAACUCACAACAAUAUUACCUUUAUGUGUCCAGAAUAAAAUUAGAGAGAGAAAAAGAGAGAUAAAGGUAACAGAAGUGAGAUUUCACCACUCUGAAGGUCAGUCGAUCCAGUGAUGGUCCAUGUUGUUCUCUUGGCUGUGGUUGCAAUGAAAUGUCAUUAAUGCCACACAGAGACACCUGGUGUCUUGAGGGUGUAUUUAUACUUUAUUCUAUUUGCAUGCAAGGUAGGAUAGGGCAGCUCAUCUCCUCCCUCUGCUUGUUCUUCAUGCUAAUUAAGGAGAUUGUUCCAGAAAUAGGUCGGUGGUCUUCAAAACAGGUUGGUGAUCUCAAAAGUGCCUAGAAGUGAGUUGUGUUGUCUAGGGGUAGUUGGUGAUUUGUUACUUCCCCUGGCUGGCCAGUGAUGGCUGAAUGACCCUGCCUUGGUUCCAGCCCAGUAAAUCAGGAAUGGGGACUGAGGCCAUAGUAAGCCUCAAGGAAGAAACACUGGUCAUGUUUUUAUCUCAAAAAUGUAUGCCUUCGUUUUGCAAAGACCUUGAGGAACAGACUUAAGUGCUGUCUCCACAGCACUUAAUCUAUUCCUGUCAGAAAUUGCAAAACCCAGCUGCUUAAGGCAUAACAUACAUAACAAGGCCUUUCUUUUGCAAAGAAUAGGGGGGCCUCCAGGCCAUCGCUCCUCCCCCCACCAUGCUGGGGACAUCGGGGCUGGCAGGGUGACACUACCCAGCACCCUCACCAAGGGGUUGGGAACCCAGCCACAGGGGUGCUAAUACAACCAGUAGGCACCUGCAUCUCCUGUUCUGCUGUGGCACGUUUUUGGGUGGGAGGUGUUCCUGCUCAUUGCAGGGAGGAUGGACUAGAUGACCUUUUAAAGGCUCCUUCCAACCCAAAUUAUUCUAUGAUUCUAUUUUAAAGUGACCAGGAGAAGGCAUGACAUGAAACACUGCUUCCCUGGUCCAGCUUAGAUGAAAAUGUUGGCAUCUUCAUAGAAUCAUUUUUGUUGGAAAGGACCUUUAAGAUUGAGUCCAACCAUUAACCUAACUCUUCCAAGUCCACAAGAAGAAGAUUCAAUUAAAAGUCUCAGCUUCAAAGGCUUUUUAAAAAUACUGUUGGAGAAGUCCUUACAAGACUUCUGCCUAACAUGUGAAGUUUCAGAUAGCAAAGUUGGGGGAGUUACUGGUCAGAUACCACCUUGGCUGCCAGGUACUCACAGUGUUUGGGUAGUUCAUAUAGCAGAUCUGACAAAGCACAUCCUGGCCUGAUGACCUUGUGUAUUUCUUUGCUGCACCCCAGUGGCUGUUCUUGCUCCAGACAGGGUUCACGCACCCACUUUGGAGCCCAGGGGCUUGGAAAAGUGAUGGGAGGAGCAAUCUGCAUGUCCUCUGCAAGAGAGCUGGUUGCAGACCCAGAUGUCUGUAACACCUGGCGAGGUACCGUGAUGUACCCAGAGUUAUGUCAGUGUUUUUAAAAGGAACAGUUUAAUCGGGUGCAUUUUGGUUAGAUACGUGUUCCCACUUUGUAUGGCUUCUAGAGGAGUUUUUGCAAACACUCAAAGCUCUCAAAGCAUGUGCAAGAUCUCUGAUUUCUAAGAAGCUCAGUUUGAAUGUUGGGCAAAAUGACGGAAGUGCUUGUGGAGCUGUUGCUUCUGCUUUGAUGAGUGAAAGAUAAACUCGGUCUGGGCUUGUGCUGUGCAAAGAGGACAGGACAGCUGGAAAAGGUUUAUGUCCAAAAAAUUUAUUAUUAACUCUACUAGGCUCUGUUUCUUACCUACUCUGUUAAGCUCUAUCUAUUAACAACACUACUAAUUAGAUACUGUUGACAUCCUGGAACUCUCUGCCCUCUCCAGGAUGUGCUGCGCUGGGUUCACUGUGCAGGACCGGGGCAUCUGCAGGUGCAGGUGGGGCAGUGGGGUGGCCUUGGCCCCAGCAGAGCUGAGGCUGCUGCCAGCGUGGCCCCUGCAAACGGUGGAGGAGCCUGAGCAGCAGCCUGGAGGCCACCCGGGGUUUGGGUGCCGGGCGGUGGCAGGAAGCAGAGGGCCAGCGGGGGGACCCUCUCCCUGCCGGCUGCUCCGACGGGCCACGGGAGCGCGGGAGCAGCUGCCGCUGGAGGUGGACGGGCGCUGCCGGGGCCGGGAGCUGCUUCAGCCCAUCGCUUGGCGGGUGGGGACGCCCGCGGGUCCCCCGCAGUCUGAGCACCGGGGCUGCUGGAGGGGCGUCCUUCAUCCAUCGCCGGUAUGUGCUGGGCUCUGCGUUUGAGGGCGACUCUCCUCUGGCACCUUUCCAGCAGCUGGGGAUGUUCUCGGAUGAAGCUGGGGUUGUAGUAGUAGAGGAUCUAAAAAAGCAAAGGAGAAGAGUGAGUUUCUGCCACCUCAAGACUGGAAAACCCCAAGCUACGAGAGUUAAGUCUUUUAAUUGGAAAAUACAAACAGGGAUAUUGAAAAGGACUCUGAAAGAUGUUUGAAGCCUGAAGCUCAGGAUAAAAUGUUAAGUGAUGGUUCUACUCAGUCAUCGCCUCCCCUGGGCUUUUGCUGUCUGGGAGCAGAGCAGUGUAGGAUUUUUCAAAAGUGUAAGAACUAUUAUCAAAAGCAAAAUACUGCUAUUUUUCAGCAACUUCAUUGUGGAAUGAGUAGGCAGGUAAUACUGUGGUCUUUAGAUGUAUCUUCUCAGCAUUCAGCAGGUGUCACAGGAAGUUUUCAGAUUGGGUACAGCAAGCCAUGUAGCAAAGAUAUAUUAAAAGAAAUCAGGUUAUGCUGAGUCUGUCUUUCCAUUUAAUGGUUCAAACUCAGUGGAUAUAACCGAACUGUAUUUUAUCUCUGUUUCUGCUAGCCAGAAAGACUAACUCAAACCUUGGUUGAAAAUGACCUGAAAAGGAAAUAAAAACCAGACCACUUGCUACCAUCCCCAUCUCCUGUAUCACAAGGCCUUAUGUGAUGUGCAGGUCCAUCUCUCCCCCAGGACUGUUGUGACCGUGAGCUGAUGUGCAGAGCAGCUGCGGUACCUGGCUGUGAGCGGCAGCUGCUGCUUCUUCUGCCAGGAAUUCGGGCAGGGAGGCAGAUCUCUCGAAAUCCUGUUGUAUUUUGGUGAAUCCAUAGAGGUUCAGCUGCCGAAUGAAACUCUUGAUGUUCUGCGUGGCAAAAACCCGCAGAGAUCCUCCGUUGCCCAGCACCUCCUCUUGGAAGAGCUUUUCAUUGAUGGCAAUGCAUCUUCCAUGGUCACUCCACCAAAUGGACUGAAACUGGUCGCUUUCCACCAUUUUCCAAAGCUUCUCUGGAAAGCGAAGGGAUGAUAAUUCAUCGGCUUCACCCGCCCACUUGCUGGAAACAGGGAGGACUUGUUUGGUCUCGUGUCCAUCGCUGGUGGGUUGGACAUCCUGCUCCCCCUGUCUCGCCAGCCCAGCAGUGUCACAGGCUGCUCCUUCCCCCUGUCCUGGAGGGCCAGGAGAAGUCAUCUCUGCUGACAGCCCCAGCCCAUCCAGAGCAGAACGGGAUGGUGUUUCUGCGGCAGACGGCUCCCAUUCCAUUUCUCUUGUUCCACCUGGACCGGAGUUUCUUUCACUGGCCACUGCCCUGGACAGCCAAGCCUUGUCCUGCCAGUCGGCAACUGACGGCCAACUGGUGCCGCCUGGCUGUGGGUACCAGUGGGACAUUGUGAUGUGUCACUGUGAUGCCUGUGCCAUAGAGUGGUGACAUCACAGCGUGACAUCAUGGUGGUGUUUGAGAACAGUGCCCUGGCAGCAGGGAGCAGCCAGAGCAGAACUUGCUGGAGAGCAUUUGUUGCUUUUCACUCCCAUGGCCACCGGUGGUGGGACCCCAGAGCCCAGAGGUCAUUAAAGCCAUGUUGAAGGGCUGUAGGCAAUGAGAGGACCGUGCUGUGCCUGGCUGCAUCCAGGAGUGGGUCCCCAGGGAGAGGCAGGGAUGGAUGUGGCUUUGGGCAUCCCAGUGCCCAGUUUGGGAAGUUUUCCAGCUGGGCACCUCUGGUGCCAUCAGAAAUGUCCUUAUACUCUCUGCUGUGCUGGUGGUUCUUGAGCUCUUGAUUCACAGCCCUUGGCAGAGAGUGGGGAGUGUGCUGGUUUGAAUGAAAUAGAGUUAAUUUUCUUCAUGCUGUUAGAAACUCUUCUUUUUCAUAGUUAGCAUGGUCGUCGUUUGGAUUUAGUGUGUGAAUAAUAAGAUAGCACCCUGGGAGAGAAUUAGCGUUUUCUUCAAGCAGCUUUCCAGUGGUUUUUGAAGUGGUAUGCAGAGAAUCCAAGAAUUUACUGGUAUCUUAGCUGUUGUCUGAGAGCCCAAGGUCUUUCUGGGCUUUUUAUCCGCAGGUGCAAGGCACCUGGGAAGGGGGCACAGGUUGGGCAGACCUUUGCUGACAUCCAGGCUGAUCAAUGAGAAUAUUCCAUACCAUUAGUGUCAUGCUUCAUAUGUAAUGGGAGUCGGGUUUUCCAGCUUGUUUGACUCUUUCGGUUCAGCUCUGUUCUGGAUGAGUCCCAUUUGAGAGUCUGUUAGUUCACUCGGUUCCCUUAGUUUGGCCUUUGCCAUUUUGCAGUUGGUUUAUGGGCCUUUCUGCCUUUUGCUUUCUCCCUGGGACUGGCUGUUCGGGACCAGGGUGCUCCCUUCCUGGGACUGGCUGCUCAACACGGUUGGAUUUGUGAGGAAUUGCAUUGCGUAUCACUUAUUUUAUAUAUUUAAUAUAUAUUAUUACUACAGUAUUAGUAUUAUUUUGUUAUUUUAUUAAACGCUUUCUGUCUCAAUCCAUGAGUUUCUCACUUCCCUGUCAACUCUGCCCCCUCCUUGAGGGGCAGGGGGGCAGUGAGUGGCUGUCCUGGUUUUGGUUGCAGGCUGGGGUUAAAGCACGACAGGGCGCAGCAGGGCUGGGGCUGCAGCUGCUGUGCAGUGCUGCAUUUGCGGGCUCCCUCCCCAUCCAGCCGCUGCUUCUCCUUCCCCAUGUGUCACCCUGAUCAGGUCCCCCCGAUCCCCUUUAUUUCCCUCUGGGGUGCAAAGCAAUGUGGGAAGUCUGUCUCAGGAGCUAAAAGAAAGCAAGAAAAUAUCAAUCUCUUCCUGUUUGCUGCCGGUUUCUCCUGCAGCCGGGGAAGGGCUGUGUGACUUGCAGAGCACUGAUGCUGCCGGGGAGGCACAGGCAGCUGCGGGCCCGCUCCUGGCGGGAAAAAGGAUACAUGUGGCGGGAAAAAAGGAUACAUGCGGCGGGAAAAAGGAGAGACCAUGUGCUACAGGCUGUCGUGUCACAACGAAUCACACGAGGCACAGCCAUAGUGACAUGUUUAAUGCAUAGACUCGGCGGGGAAACUCAUGAAUAUGUAACACAUACCGGGGUGUCCGUGGUGGUAUGUAUGAAAGAUUGUACCCUCUGAGUACCUCAGCCAAUGAGGAAAAAGAGGAGAGAUCUUGCAGCCGGGGAAUAGGAUAAAUGGGGGGGGGGUAUGCCCCCCCCAUGUUUGGGGACCCCAGAGGGACUCUCCCUUUGUUCAAAUAAAGUUUACUUUUUUGUGUUGUA